GUUCGUCUACGAAACUUGGCCAGAACAGAGCGUUGUUGCCGCUGCCUAAAAAUAAAGUCGUGUGUGUGUGUGUUUUAUAGACGCGCCCAAAUACGAAGCUUAGUCAAUGCGGAAGUGCCCAUUAAAUAAUAACAAAUUCAAAUAGUUCACAAAGUGUGAAUUUCGUGGUUGAGCAUGUGCCAAGUUCAUUGCACGCCAAAAUUCGCUGGCCCCGCUGAUAAAAUAUAAAAUAAAAUACAAUAUUGAUAACCUGUGUAUAAAAUAUCACUUAAAGAUCAAAACCACAUAAGUGCAUUUGCUUAUAUUUUGCGAUGGUUUUGCCAACUGCCUCAACAUUGUGCCAUGUUUUUACAUUUCUGCUGGCCGGUUCACCCAUCUUCUACAGCGCGGCGCCGCGUGGCAGCUGCAGCAGCUGCUGUGCGAUACGCGAACGCGAGGACAUCAAGUUUCUGCUGUACACCAGGAAAAACCGCAACGCGGCACAGCUGCUGCAGUUGAGCGACGAUGUGCGACUGGCGCGCAGCAAUUUCAAUUUCAAUUACCCGCUGGCCAUCUAUCUGCACGGCUUCUCGGAGUCCGCCACGGGGGAGAAGCAGAGCAGUCAGGAGCUGAAGGAUGCCUUUCUGCGACGCGGCAAUUACAAUGUGAUACUGGUCGACUGGAGCGCCAUGGUCGCUGUGCCCUGGUACUCCAGCGCUGUGGAGAAUCUGCCCGUUGCCGCACGCUACUUGGCCAGGUUUCUGCGCUAUCUGGUGACCAGCGGGUAUGCCGCGAAGCAUAUACAUCUGAUUGGUUUCAGCUUGGGUGCCGAGGUGGCCGGCUUUGCGGGCAAGCAGUUGCAGGAGUGGGGCAUUAAGCUGACUAGGAUUACGGCAUUGGAUCCGGCACUGCCGCUCUUUGAGGGCAACAGCUCCAAUCGUCGACUGAGUCCCAGUGAUGCGCGCUUUGUCGAUGUCAUACACACGGAUGGCGGCAUUCUGGGCAAUCCCACGGCCAUGGGCCAUGCUGAUUUCUAUCCGAACGGCGGACGACCAUUGCAGCCGGGCUGUGCGCGGCAGGAAAUCGCCAAUAAUCGCUGGCUGGGCAUCAUUAUUGGCUGCAGUCAUCAGCGCGCCUGGGAGUACUUUGUGGAGAGCAUCGGUCAACCGUUGGCCUUUCCCGUCGAACGCUGUGAGCCAUCGCCAAAGUUUGGCAUCUGCCGCGAUGGCAACGGACGUGCCUACAUGGGCUACGGCACCGAUCCGAGACUGCGCGGCAAGUUCUAUUUGGAGACGAACGGUGCCAAGCCAUUUGGACGGCACAGCCCGUCGUCAAUACCUCAGUUGCCCAUCUCCUAUAAAAUGACAGCGAAUGCCUCCGGGGAAGCCGCACGACUGCAGCAAGAGGAUGACUACAACACGCUCAGCAACAACAUCGCAUUGACGUGACAAAAUGUUAAAUGUUCCUCGCCCCCUUCACAGUUCCCAGCUCUGAUGAGCUCCAUCCUUUAACGUGAGAUUUAUGUGAGUGCGCGUGAUUUUGACGCACCAGAGUUGAAGGUUUCUCCCUCCACAGUUUUCUCUAGUUGUAUUUGUUGCUUAUCUAAGUAGUUGUAAGUUGUCUUGUGAUCUGAUUUAUAAGUAUUGUUAGCACGUAAGCUGUCUAUGUGUUAAGAA